CAAAAAACUUCUCUGUUUCUCUCUAAUGUUUCCCGAUCCUGAUCGUUAACGUUUUGGGAAUAAGUCGUCAAUAGUAAUAGUCAAUAGUCCAAUAUGGAGUUGGAAUGUCAAUCGCGUUAAAAAAAUGAAACCUGAUCAUGAUUUUUCCUAGUUGAUUGACCGCUAGAAAAGUGUUAAAUUAAAAACAAUUUUGAUUUACAGGUGAAUAAUGGAUGACGACGAUUUCUACAUUGACCAUUAUGGUGCCAAAAUGUUAUUUGAAGCCAUGAUGUAUGCGGGGGGUUUUAGAUUAGAAUGUCGGAGAGAGAGAAGAUACAGUACAAGUCCAGAACUAUCACCUAUAAGAAAAAGAAGUAUUUCGCCAGAUUACAGAAAAGGAGAAAUAGAAGUUCUGCCUUGUGAAAGAUUUCAAGGUAAGAAAAAUAACUACUAUGAAAUUGCCCAGAAAAACGCUGAGGAAUUAAUUAAAGAAGAAGAGGAAGCCAAAAUGAAAGCAGAAAAGAAAAAAGCUAAAAAAGAAAGACAAAAAUUGAAAAAAAUGCUAGCCAAAGAGAAGGAUACAACAGUCAAUACCAAUUACAAUGACAAUGUUACAAAUAAAGUACCAGAUGAUUCUGAAAAUUUCAAUAAUGCAUUUGCCUUAGAACAGAAUAAUGGAGAAGGACUAGAUAUCAAUGCAGCUUUUGUCAGUAAAGCUGUUAAAAAGGUUAAAAAUAUAAAAAAUAUACCUGAUGAUCAAAAAGUUAAAAAAGAAGCGAAAGACAUAGAUUUCUUAAUAAAUAAAGCUCAAGAAUACGAAAACAGCCAGUGUUUUAAAGAAGCCGUACAGUAUUUAUCUGAGGCGAUUACUUUAAAACCUGAAAGUAUAGAACUAAUUUUAAAACGCAGUUUUUAUUAUUUUCAGCUGGCUAAAUUUGAAAAAUCUGUUAGAGAUGCCAAGAAGGUGAUUCAAUACUCUCCCAACAAUCCUCAUGCCUAUUAUCGUCUUGGGGAAGGAUGUUUUUCCUUAUUAAACUUAACUGAAGCAGAAUCAGCGUUCACAAGACUUCUAAAUGAUGAGUUAUAUCGUGAAAAAGCACAGAAUCGUUUAUUUUCAAUUCAUAUCAAACAACUGGAAGAAAUGGGUUACAACAGGAAUGAAGCAUUUUCUGCCCUUACAAAAUCAAAAAAUAAAACUCUUGAUGAAGCAAUCACAUUUUUAAAUGAACUUGAAGAGGGUAAACACACCGAAGAACUAUAUUAUUCUGAUGAAGAUGAAAGUGAAGAAGAUGAAGAUUGUGAGGAAGAUGAAAGUAAUGAGAGUGCCAGUGGUCAAUCUUCAUACUCAUCAGGAAACAAACAUCACACACCUAUUGAAAUCAGUAACAAGAGUCCAAUACUUACAGACCCUAAAAACCCAAUCGGAUGCAGUUCUUUGUUUGUUGGAAAUUUAAAGAAAGACAUAACUUAUCAGGAAGUCCACAAUGUUUUUAUCAAAUUCGGUGAUAUAAAGAGUAUAAAGCUCACAACUAAACCGAGUUGCUUUGCUUUUGUAAACUAUGAAGAAGCUUCUGCGGCAGGACAGGCUAUGGAAGCGCUGCAGUCAUCAAGAUGGUUUCUAAGUACAAUGCCACUCAUUGUUAAAUAUCCCAUCAAAGUCGUCAGAAUGAUGAUACCUACAUUGGAAAACCCGGAACUAAUUCUUAAACACUGGGGAACACAAGCUCCUACAUCUGUAAGACCUUCAGCGUCUGUUAAGAAGAUACCAGUGGUGGAGAAACCAAGUCCUGGGAAACCCCGACCACCUCCCAAGACAGAAGAGUGUUUCUACUGGAGAACAAUGGGCUGUUCUUACGGAGGCAAGUGCUUUAACCUGCACAUUCCAGAGCACAAGGGAAUAGACCUUAAACCACCAAACACCAAGAAGAAACUUACCUUCAAGUAACAUGCAGACCCAAGACUGCAACUCAAGCAGUAUUAUAAGAGAUUGUAUAAGUAGACACUUAUUAAUGAAUUUUUCAUCCACAUUCAAGGUUACUGAUCAAGAAAGCGAGACAGGUUGUUAAGUGAUCUAUUCACUCUUCUUGUUUUAACCAGUGAGAAUAAUUUAAUGAUGAUGUUACAUAAUCUUUUUUCCUUAUAGUUAGAACAUAAUUGAUUAUAGAUAAGUUGUUUUAUAAGUGCUUAUUAUCAUAAACAAUGAUUUUUAACCACCUUCAUUAAAAAUUACAUCUAAGCAUUUUGUUUGUUUAUUAUGUGAUGAGAUUGGACUAGAAGUGUUUUGAGGACUUAAACGGAUAUGAAUAUUAUCCCAGCUGUUAAGUUAAAUAUUUAGCAGUUUGUAAACUAAGAAGCUCUUUUAUUAAAAUUUGUCUUUACUAUUAUAAUUAAUAUAAAUUUUGUUAAGCUUUGUGUUACUGUGUUCUGGGUAGAGUUCUGCAGUGCACCAAAAAAAAUUGUAAGGUACGGUUCUAGCCAUCGGUAUUACCACCGUCGGUUUGGUACGGCAUUUUCCUCAAUAUAAAUUCAGUUCUGUAUAGCCUACAAUAAUCACUAUAACAGUUAGAAGUAGUUUUUAUCAGGUCAGGUAAAACAGUAAAACAAAUGAGAGAAGCGAGAUUACCCUAUGUAUUUAAGUGGUUGUCACAAACAGGUUAUCUAAGGAAUAUAAAAUAUAAAUACUAGUAAAUAUUAUUAUUAUAUGGUAGGUUGUUUAAUUACAUUCCCUUAAUUUUUUUUUAAAUUUUUUUUUUAUUAAGUUUUCUAGUACAUGGAAGCUUUACCAAACAUCUACUUAAUACAAUAAGGGUUUUCCCUGUUACAUCCUUUUUCAGCCGUCCCACUCUACUAGGGAUCCCAGACGUCCUUAUUUCCCCUUUUUUCCCUCUUUUUGGGUAAAUAAAAAACUUCCAGGGGGGGGGUAUAUUUGGCAAAACUUUAAAUGUCUGGGAUUUUGACUUUUUCAACAACAAAAAAACUAAAAGUUAUUUCUGCACGCAUAGUGGCUUUAACUCCCAGAAUGAGAAUGUUACUGGAAACUAAUUAAAAAUAUUGUGUCAGUGUAAUAAUAUCUUAUGUAGAAGUUUUGUUUCCUCUUUUUGGAUUAAAUUUUGUGUUUAAUGUUAAAGACUUGGUAACAAUUAACCCAGCAUGACUUGACUGACUGUCUCUGCUAGCUCCUUGUCUGCUUCCUGCUUACUUUUACGCUACCGCUACACGACAAGCUUGCAUUAAAAUUAUUCUCUUACUUCGCCUUAAAAGUUUCUAGUCCCUACUAAUGAAAAUAAGAUGUGUGUUUUCAGUCGAGUUAAAAGAAAAGUUUAAUUUGUCUAAAAAAAUCAACAAAACAACUCCAACCUUCAAACAGUUACAUCAUCCUCUGGAAUUGACAGUUUCUUGACGGGAAACAUGACUCUUAGUUUAAUAAUUUUGCUCGUGAUGCAGAAAGAACUCUGCAUUUCACACUGUUAAACAUCACCAGAGUUUGAAGUCUAUGGGUUGUAGCACUAAACUUCAAAAUGUGUUUUUAAAGACUCUAGUCUUGCAAAACAUGUUUCUAAUUCAGUAGUUUGAUAUUAAGUGAGGAGUGGUCCAGACAAAAGUUUUCGAGUAAAAUUCCUCCUAGAUUUUUUCAAUAGCAUUGUUAACAUAAGCACGCCUAAAUUAAUAUUUGUAAAUAUUGUAAAUAUUUUACUGAUACUGUAGUUUAAAACAUAAAGGCUAGCAGUUUUAACAUUCUAGUUCAAACUUUCGAAAACUUACCAUAUUGGCUAUACCCUUUUAGAAAUUGUCAGACACGAUUAAAAAAAAUACCAAAAUGUUGAAAAUUCUAUCUAAAAAUAUAUUCUAAAUAAUUCUCAUAAAAGCCCUUAAAAUGUGUAUAAGUAAUUCUGAAUUUUUGUAAAUUAGUAGUUUUAUUCACCUAACAACAGUCUCAAACAUAUUCAGUCUUCAAAAAGUAAAAGGGUAUUGCAUUAUUUGUUUUGCUUCGGAAUCAAAAACCUUUAAAAUGUGCAAUUUGUCCACCCCUCAUAUGAAUAUUAAGAGAUGGGGACACAAUAAAUUUGCAGGUAAAGACACAGAACACCUAGCCAGAACAACAGUAGCCUACAACAUUAACUUCUAGCUUGCAACUGUACUAUGUUUCACUUUACAGUACUGAAUAAAGAGCGUCUCAUUCGUCAUAACCCCAUUUGUUGUAAUUAUUUUUUUUUUUUUUUUUUUUAUUCAAUUAACUAACAUGUUUGUAUAAUACAUAAAGAAAUUGAGGUAUGCUCUCUUCAUUAUAUUAAACUUCAAUCACUUUUCUUUGUAAAACUAGCUUCACAAACCAGAAUAUUUAUUUCUCUACGAUCUACAAGCAUUCAUCCUAUCAUUUAAAACUAACCAACAAGAGAUAUUGCAGAAUUGUUUUGCUGUGAGAUAUUCUGGACUAUCUUUAUGAAAUUAACAUCAAUAAGUAAAUCAUUCAUGUAUCUUGAGAAGUGAAAUCAUCUGGCUUUUCUAAUGAAAUUCUAGCUAUACUGAUAAUAUUUGUAGCUUGAAUCAAACUCUUUGUUUAAUUUUUUAGUUUUCUUUGACUUUGUUGUGCUGUAAUCAUAUCACAUUUUUUAUUAAAUACAUUCUGA